UCAGCCAGAGAAAGUUUCUCUGUCAGUGACAGAGGAACAAGGGAGGGGCGCGGCUCAUGCACAUCACAGGAGAGUUUGUCAGUGGCAGCGAGGGGCCCCGAGUUGAGGCAGAGUACAGAGUAAGGACUGUGUGUGUGCGUGUGUGCGUGAGUGUGUGUGUGUGGGGGGCAGAUUGGGGGGCCUCCGCCUGCUGAAUGAACCCUGUUAGCGUUGGGCAGUACCAUGGGCUACGGGUGGGCUCAGGCCUGCUCGGCAUUGUGGCAGGCUGCAUCAUCAUUGGGGUGUCCAGGGAGUGUGACGCCGAUGCUGUGGGAGGCAUCUUCCUGGGAGCAGGGGGCCUGGGCCUGCUCAUAUCGAUAUACCCCUUCGUAAAAGCCUGGCUGAACCUCAACAAUAUUCUCCCAUCCUUUGGAAACUUCAGAGUUCAUCCCACGGCUGCAAAUCCUGCCCCGGAACAACCGAUAGAAACGCUCAGACGAGAAGUGACGCAGAGUCAACUGAAUCUGGAACGUUGUAAGAGUCGUAUGGGAACCUUUGUGGAGGGCGGACCAAUGGCCGAAACCAGCCCAGAAGAGGGGACGUCGACAGAGAUGCCAGACGUCUUGUCUCGGCGCAAACAGAAACAAUCCCCCUCUGAUCAAGACCUGCCGUGAUGUCCUCACAUGAUCUCACUGACCUUUAUUAUUCUGCUUCCCUGUUCAUCUUCUUCAUUUCU